GGAAGCUCUUGCGGCAGCUAGCUUUAUUAGCUCAGAAAAGGAUGUUUUUAAAGGGAAACGAAGGUUGAUAAGGUCUGUUGUGGGCACAGCGGGUGGAAGGGUGCAGGGAGCCGUGGAGCAGAGGAGCUGUGCCAGUCCCCCUUCUAUCCUCUCAUGUCCCACCCCCCCGUGUGUUUCCCAGUCUACCAGUCACCCUCCCCCCCCACCCGACCCUUUCCUGAUCCAUCCUGUGAGGUUGCCCCCUCGCCCCCCCAUGCUAGGGACACAGCCAGCCGCCUGCCAGCCCAAUGACCGCCUGGAUCGUCCUGCCUGUCAGCCUGGCUGCCUUCUCCAUCACAGGGAUAUGGAUAGUGUAUGCUAUGGCUGUGAUGAAUCACCAUGUUUGUCCUGUAGAGAACUGGUCUUACAACGUGACCUGCACAGAGGAGCUGCCCCGCCCAGGCUUCCCCAAGACCUGCUGCACCAUCCAGGACAUCCCCCUCAUCAGUAAAUGCGGUUCCUUCCCUCCUGAGAGCUGCCUGUUCAGCCUGAUUGGAAACGUUGGAGCCUUCAUGGUGGUCAUGGUCUGCUUCCUUCGCUACGCCCAGAUCAUCGAGCACAGCCACCAGGGCUGGGUCAACACCAGCGCUCUGGUGUCCGGCUGCACCAACGCCGUCGGCCUGGUCAUGGUCGGGAACUUCCAGGUCGAUCAUGCCAAGUCUCUGCACUACGUGGGCGCCGGCGUGGCGUUCCCUGCCGGGCUGCUGUUUGUGUGCCUGCAGUGCGUUCUGACCUACCGAGUGGCUGUGACCGCCCUGGAUUACUGGAUGGCCCAUUUCAGGGUGGCUCUGGUGCUGGGAGCCAUGGUCUCCCUCGUCCUCAGCGGCAUCUUCUUCAUACACGAGAGCUUCGUCCUGCAGCACGCCGCCGCCAUCUGCGAGUGGGUGUUCACCGUGGACAUCCUGGUCUUCUAUGGCACCUUCACCUACGAGUUUGGCACCGUCACCACGGAAACCAUGAUGGCGGGCCUGCAGCAGAGCCAGCACGGCUCCGGGGCCAUGAUGGACCCCAUGUCCAGGACGUCUACGCUGGGAGGGGCCACCAAGGGCCUGAAGUCCCCCGGCGGCAGCAGCACGUCCACGCACCUCAACUGCACGCCAGAGAGCAUCGCCAUGCUGUAGACCAGGAGGCGGGGCUGCUGGUUUGGACUCCAGAACCGGUUCCUCUGGGUUCUUCUGCCCCCCCACCCCCCGUCCAAAGCUU